GAGCCUUAGGACCCCCACGCGGUGAACACUCCUCCUUACAGGUGCUCCCGAGUCCCAACCCAAAACUCAUACGUGCAGCAGUACUUUUGGCCGAACCGGGCAUGCGGAGAGCCCUCACUGCUACCCCACCAUGAACCCGGCGAAAACGGUCAACGGCCCGCUGUUCGUUGGUCGCACCUCUUCGUGUUCGAUUUCGGGGGCUGAAUGUUAUACUCUCUCUGGACUCGCGCUCCUUCCUUUACUUUUCUGAACCUCCCCGCUGAACGCCUCAGCCGGCAACGACAACGGCAGGGGAGUAUCUUAUCCGUAAGAGUUUGCCUGAUUCGGCGACCGCAGCUGCUGUGUUCUCCUGCAACCCAUGCGGAUGGGACGGCGAUGCAGCGGUACACAAUACGGCGUGGAAAUGAGCGUGGGGGCAUCCCGCCGCUCGGGCGCGCCUGGGCAGAGUCUGGGGAAAGCGCAGGGCGUGUAGAAGUCGCGGCCCCUCUUCAUGCGUUUCCCAUGCCGGUUCGGCUUACGGAAUUAUUGAACUCGACACCGAACCCCCCUUCCCAAUCAUGCUUCCAGGCAGGCUCUCAAGAGCAGCGCCAAUGUCCUUCUUCUGGUGCGGAUAGGGCGGGUGACCGCGAUCUGAGCAGCAACUCGCUCCUUCACAGUCCACAUGGAAAUCCCAUGUUCCAUUUCCGAAUGAGCCCAGACUCCCGCGAAGGCGGCACGGCAAGAGCACGAGACAUCGCAUCACCUAGAAUCCAUGGAGACGCAACAGGCGCCGCAGCCCCAGACCCGGGCUGCUGGGCCCGGCACAUACAAGCGCGCGAGCCGCAAAGGUGCACCGCGCCGCUUUGCUUGCGACUACCCAGGCUGUGAGAAGCUCUACUCGAGGGCUGAACAUCUCCAACGACACCAGUUGAACCGUGCGAUCAUCCACUAUCCACGCCAU